AUGUCGGACAUUGAGCUCUUAAAGACCAAAUUUCAGUACCAUGAGAACUGGCCUAAGCAGGGCAUUCUCUUCUGUGAUGUAAUGCCGGUGCUGCGUGAUCCGAUCACAUUCGAGAUCCUGAUUACCAACAUCAUGUCGCACAUAUUUACGCAGACGCUUCCGCGCCUUGCAAAGGAAGGUAGUGAGUCACGGAUUAACUAUGUGGUAGGAUUGGAUGCGCGUGGAUUCCUGCUUGGCCCGAUCAUUGCGCAGCGCCUCGGUGCGGGAUUUGUGCCUGUCCGCAAGCGUGGAAAGCUGCCUGGCGAGUGUGUGCAGGCUACAUUUACCAAGGAGUACGGUUCAGACGUUUUUGAGAUGCAAAAGGAUGCUAUGCCCUCCGGCUCGAAUGUGCUAAUUGUCGACGAUCUGAUCGCUACAGGCGGAUCUGCGGCCGCUGCUGGCUCUCUUGUGCGCCAAAUGGGUAGCAAGGUAGCCGAAUAUGUGUUUGUUGUCUCGAUUCCCGCUCUGAAAGGUGCAAGCUCGCUCGAUGCACCUGAGUACCAGUAA